AAUUCUUUAUUAUAGUUGUACCACACCGCUCACUGAGGUAGGUUGGUUGUACGUGGAAUGCUGAAUAAAAUCAUUAGAGAUCACUGGUGUCUGUUUGGAUCUAGCGAUUGAAAUACUUUUAUGAAAUUAAUGCAACAUCACAGUGUUGAUAUUGAAUAAAAGCAAGUUAAUAGACGGAGAAUUGUCUCUAAUGGUUUUGUUUUAAUAAUGGUUUGAUAAGUUUCCUAUUGAGUAAUUUUCUCCACCUAUAGUUUCAAACAUGUAUAAAUUACUCGGUGGUUUAAAAGAUUAUUUCAAGAGGCAGGACAUCUACAUUGACAAUGUAAUCUUCCGGUUACACAAUACCUUCACAACUGCUCUUCUGCUAGCAUGUAGUCUAAUCAUCACUGCAACUCAAUACGUUGGACAACCGAUUAGCUGUAUUGUUAACGGAAUCCCCACGCAUGUUGUCAAUACGUUUUGCUGGAUUUCGAGUACCUUUACUAUGCCAGAUGCUUUUAGGAGAGAGGUUGGCCGAGAGGUUGCUCAUCCAGGUGUAGCGAAUGAUUUUAAUGAUGAAGAGGCGAAAAAAUACUAUACAUACUAUCAAUGGGUGUGCUUUGUUUUAUUCUUUCAGGCUACCGCAUGUUACCUACCAAAGGUAUUAUGGGAAGCAACAGAAGGUGGACUUAUGCGAAGUAUUGUGAUGGGCUUAAACAUUGGAAUUUGUAGAGAAGAAGAAAAAUGUGUGAAAAAGCAGGCGCUUAUAGAAUAUGUUUUAAAACGAUUAAGAAGACACAAACUGUACGUCCUACGCUACUUCGCCUGUGAAGCAAUGUGUCUAAUCAAUAUCAUCGUUCAGCUAUGGCUAAUGAAUCGUUUCUUUGAUGGAGAAUUUUAUUCAUACGGCUGGAGAGUGAUGCACUAUUCAGAGUUACCACAAGAUCAGCGAUUGGAUCCAAUGGUAUACGUAUUCCCCCGUGUAACAAAGUGCAUUUUCUACAAAUAUGGUGCCUCGGGAACGCUGCAAAAGCAUGACUCUCUAUGCAUCUUACCACUCAAUAUAGUAAACGAAAAAACCUACAUAUUCAUCUGGUUCUGGUUCAUUAUUUUAGCUAUUAUGCUAGGGUGCCUAUUGAUCUACAGAACUGCGAUAAUCUUUUUGCCAUCAUUUCGUGUUCGUUUACUAAACACAAUCAACCGCAUGGUGCCACGUGAAGCUGCAGAAUCUAUUUCUCAAAAAACAGAUCUCGGUGAUUGGUGGAUUAUUUACAUGCUCGGAGGAAAUCUCGAUCCCCCCAUUUUUAAGGAUGUCUUAGCCGAGCUAGCAAAACAGAUUGAACCACCGAAAAAAAUGGAAAACAUCGCUUAUAAGAUCAGUGACAAUUUGAUAAGACCUUGGAAAUAAGUAAGGAGCUAAACUGCCAUACAAAAACACAAAUUCAUACUCGAAAUAUUUAGACAAUCUCGUACUCUUAUCACGUUCCUGAAUCUAUGAAUUUUACACAGAUUAGAAAUUAUACAUUCCAAUAGGAGUAUAUUUUAAAGCGUCCAAAUAGAUCCAAAUAGUUUUUUAA